GAGGCCGGUCCGAGGUUUGAAUAGGGAAGUUUACAGUGCGUGAGACGAGCAGUCAGUGUGCUGUUUGCAGACCGGCCGAGCUGCGGUCCUCGUAGGAGUUUGCGGCACCGCUGGAGACGAACAGAACGACGUCGCUUAAACUCCUAUGCAGCUGCAUGCACAAGUUCGCCGAGAUCGGUCUCAGUGCCGGAAUUACGUCCUACGCGUUGUGUUUUUUUCCCUCGCUUAAUUAGUUACAGCUGUGUCUGGGAUCUAAAAAAAUGGAUGUUAUUCCAAUGUGCAGCAUCUUUCAGGAGCUUCAGAUCGUUCAUGACACUGGGUACUUUUCUGCUUUGCCUUCCCUUGAAGAGUACUGGCAGCAGACCCGUUUGGAGCUAGAACGGUAUCUGCAGAGCGAGCCCUACGUGUCUGCAGCAGACAUCAAGUUUGAAGGCCAGGAAGACCUCUGGAGCAAGUUCAUUCUCGCUUGCGGGGACAAGGGGGGAUCCGAUCCGAAGGUCCCUGUGAAAAAGGAGGAGGAGUGUCAGGACAGCAUAGCCCUGGAGACCGGUGGCUUCAACUCGGAUGCCAGCAGCGAGGCGUCGGACAGCUCUGAGGAGCUCUCGCCAACUCUCAGCUACGCGCCUAAUCCUCUGAGUGACAUUCUGGCCGGCACGGAGCACCUGGCCAGCCCGCCUCCAUCCCCGGAGGAGACCAAGGACCCCGCCGGCCCACGCGCCUGGAGCAGCCUCCCGGCGGAGCUGCACUCCCCGGGAAAGGGUCGUGCGGGGGUGGCCGGCCGUGGCCUCGCAGACAGCGAGACAGCGGCAGACGGGAGGAAGCGCGCACACCGGUGUCACUUCAACGGGUGCCGGAAGGUGUACACCAAGAGCUCGCACCUGAAAGCACACCAGCGCACACACACAGGUGAGAAGCCAUACAGGUGUUCGUGGGAAGGUUGCCAGUGGCGGUUCGCGCGGAGUGAUGAGCUCACGCGGCACUUCCGGAAGCACACGGGCGCCAAGCCGUUCAAAUGCUGCCAUUGUGACAGGUGUUUCUCCAGAUCUGAUCACUUGGCACUUCACAUGAAGAGGCACCUGUGAUUCAGGCCGCUGGGAGGAAUGGGGGCUGACUAGACCUGCUCCAGACCUGCCUCAAGGUCAAACGCCCCCUAGUGGACAGGAUGGUGUUCUAGCCAAAGCAUGCCAUUUUGCACCAUUGCCAGGACCUUGUAGGGGAAGGUACUCUGAAGUUUGUCCCAACGGUGACAAAUGAGAGCGCAGGGGAAGCGUGGACGAACGAAUGGACAGAAGAAAUCUGUAUGUGCGACGCCCCCGGGGGAAUUGUGGGACGUGCACGGCGGCUCCUACACCGUCUUGUUGAGCGAGUGUGCUGGUGCUUCGCCGGACUGACAAAGCGAAGGAACUUCGGCUCGUGCUCCGGGGUCGGCCACCACUGCGGCGGACAUGCCGAUAGUCUAUGAGCACGGUGUGACAGACGCCACCUGGAUGGGACUCGCAGCAACCUGAGGGGGGGACCUACAGCCCUCGAACCAGGGCUGGGCAACCAGGGCUGGGCAACCAGCUUAUCCCUGAUCAGAGGGACACCGUGGGGCUUGGUCUAGCUACUAAACACGCUCUCUGUUCGGUAGCCUGGCUGACAUGCUACAAAGCUCAUUUGUAGUCUGACACAUAAGCUGUGUACUUAGAGAUAUAACACAACUGUAACGUUGUUAUAAUAGACAGGUGUUGCAUGGUUCUCCUCCCGUUUGUAAUCAGGACUGCAAAUUCCAAUAAAAGAGCAGCUAAAAUUCAAUUGGUUAGAAUGUUACAAUGUUGUACAUAAAACCUUGAUUUUUUUUUUUUUUUUUGUAAUUAUUCUCGUUGUUGUCACUCUUGUGGAUGGUUUUAUUGGGUUGGAAAAAACCACUAUUGCUUAGCAACUGAUUUACUCAUGAGACAUAUUUCCCCUUUUUAUGCCUUGUCCCCCCCCCCAUCCCCCCCCCUUAUUUUUUAACCUGAUAAUGCACUGUUAACCCUAAUGGUGCCUUAUCCAAUGCGGCCUUGUCCCAUAGAGUAUGACAGAGAUGGCUGUUUCGGGAGUCGAGAAGGUGAUUUCAGGCUGUGUCGUGUGUCUCUUUCUAGCGUGAGGGCCAAAGGAUUGUGUACAGAAGCUAUUCCAAACAAUGGUUCAGUUGGCUGUGCCGUGCAAUGCCAUUUUUUUUUGGGGGGGGGGGGUUAUAUUACAUGGGGGAAAAAAUAGCAUUUGAGGGUCAACGUUCAUCCAAAAAGUAGUCUUGAAACCAGAGAAUGGUUAAAUAGAGCACUUUGAACAGUUUGGUGUUAUUGGAGUUACUACUGUGUAGUAUGUACUAUAUGUAUAAAGAAACUCAUUCGCACAGUGUCUGUGUGUGAAUGCAGAGUCUAUUCUGAGGCACGGGCAUCUUGCUGACGAGCAAUUACGGCGAGCUCGCUGCUGACGCGUCGGGGAAAUGCCGCUUCCGCAUGGGUCCGUCUCCGGCCUGUCUGACGUGUUUAAUGCGGCACAGCCAGUGGGAUUUUUCGAAAGAUUAAAGGUUUAGGUUUUGGGAGUUUUUAAUUUAAAAUUCUGGAAAUAAAACUGAAAUGGUUUGAUGUAAAAAAAAAAAAAAAAAAAAAAGAAUUAUAAAUAACAUGUCUGUGUGGAUAGUGGAUUGUGACCGUGGAUAUUGUUUAUUAAGGAUUAUUUUGCUGAGUGAAAGUAAAGUCUCUAAAGUCUCAUUAAAUUAUAUCGAGGCUGAACGUUUAAAUCUAAUUGGUCUUUGAGGAGAGAAAAAAAAACGGAGCUGUAAGCUUAAUUUGAUAUUGCCAGCUGAUUCGGCUUAAGUGUGGUGCAGCAUUUAAGAAAUUGAAUUUCAGAUCAUUCCUUCAAGGGGAGGUGUGGUUUAAAGGUGAAGUCACCUAGAUUUGAACUGAGAAAAAAAAAAAAACUUGGAAAAACUAGCCUUAAUGAAGCCACAGGUUUGUUCACGUCCGUUCUGACAAAACACUCCAUUACUGAUUUUCCUAAAUACCCGAUGAUCUAAAUCAAAAUUGUGUUUGUAAAAAAACAGUUUGUAAUUUUUUUUUGCUUGACGGACUAUUAUUUGGAAUUUUUUUGCAAGAUUGUUAUAUUUCUGUAUGAAUGUAUUUUUUAUCGGAAUAACAAGAAAUGUUCUUAUCA